AUGGUUCACACAUCUGGCAGCAAAAGUCAACACCGUUCGGGUCCUGUUAAUAAAGAAUAUGUCGAAGAUCCUCAGAAAAGAGCAGAAACAAAAUCAAAACGAAAAAAAACCUUUCUGAAUAAAUUAAAUGAAUAUGUUUCGAAAACUGAGUCAACAGCGGCUGUCGAUGAAAAUUCUGAUUUAAAAGUUUGUGAUCCAUGUAAAGAAUUUAAUGCGAAUAUUGAAGAUGCUAUGGAUUCUCAAUCACAUAGGAGAUGUCGUUCAACUCAAUAUUCGAUUAAAGAUAUUCCUGUUAAAAAGGGUUGUGUUUUAUGUGGUGAACUAUUUGUAAAAGAUAAUGAGAUAUUAAUAUGCAAAACAGCUCAAUAUCUAAAUUCGGUUCACGUACAGUGUUUAGGAAUUGUAGACGUCAGAGCAAAAGCAUUAGAAUGUUUGUCGUAUGGAUGUAGUUUACAUCUUAAGUAG